GUGCAUACAGAGGUCCUUAUAUCCACCUCGGACUUUCUGAAGAAUGUCAUGAAGCUAGAAUGGCGUGCCGACAAGAACUGUCCAAUCGAUUUUUCUAAAGAGGACCCCAAAGUCGUCGAAACAUACUGCCGAUGGCUUUACUCAGGCAAGAUUUCUUGUUGUGAGAACCCCUGGACCACCUCCAAAAUCACGUGCCAACUCUUUAUUCUUGGCGAGAAGUUGGUGGACCAAACGUUCAAGAACGCUGUCCUGGACUUCAUGAUCGAGAACUUUUCUAGUAAACCCAAAGUUCUUCCUAACGACAAAAGUGUCAAGAUCAUUUAUGACGGCACUCCCAAAGGCUCACCAGCCCGCCGGCUCGUGGUUGAUAUUUGG